AUGAGCAAAGACGAGCAUAGAGACGAGAUGUCCACUGAAGAAAUCCCGAUUCCCAUGACUCAAACCAGUGACGGGAGGAGAACUUCUCAAAUCACUGAGACAUUCAUAGUGAAUGAAGUGUUGCAGCUACAGAGCUACUUGCCCCAUCUUCAACAGUACCAGAAUCCUCUCCUCACACGUUCGUGGCCAAUCAACACCAACUUCGUCGGGAUCAACGAGACUGUGACUGACACUGUCUUCUGCAACUCCUUGCGAGCUCAGAGUAAAGGGUUGGUGUAUAGCCAGUGGGUGAGGGCUGGCCCGCGCAAGCAGACCUACUUCACCCCAUCAGAGGUCAAUGCUGCCAUCGUUUCUUGUGGUGGGCUAGACCCCGGUAUCAACAUCGUCGUUCGUGAAAUCGUUGGGAGCCUGGACCUCGCCUACAAUGUUCGAAGAGCAUGGGGAGUGAGGUUUGGAUGGCGAGGGUUUACAGAUGGGGCUGCCAAGGAAUGGCUUGAGCUGACACAAGAAAGGGUAGCUCACAUCCAUAAGGAAGGAGGCUCAAUCUUGGGCUACUCGGCAGACCCCUGUGACGUUGAGGAAACGCUGAAUGUGCUAGAAGAACGAGGGAUCAACCAGCUGUACGUGCUCGGAAAUGUCGAGACUUGCAAGAGUGCAUCGGAUAUUCAGCUUGGUGCUAUCAAGCGCAAGAUGAAACUGAGCGUCAUUCUGAUUCCCAAAUCGAUCGAGAACAACUUCCCUUACAUCGACAAGUGCAUCGGCUUCGAUACGGUCGUUCAAGGAGCUGUGGACGCCAUUCACCGUGUGCUGUUGGCGGCGAGCAGCGUGCAAGGUGGCAUUGGAAUCAUCAAGCUCGGCUCUGGUUUCAUGUGCCUGCAUGCCGUGAUGGCGUCGGGCGAUGCCGAUGUCUGUCUUCUCAAAGCUGUGCCAUUUGACCCUAAGGUCGUAUUCGAGUAUGUAUCCAAAGUGAUUGCAAGCAAGGGAUAUGCGAUCAUUGUCGUUGAAGAUGGAGCUGCUGAAGAACUUGUCAAGAAAUGGAGAGCCCAACUUGAUGUGGACACUGGGGACAGGACGCCAGUUGGAGGCUCCAUGGACGAAUGCAUUGGGAAGUUGGUGCCACGAACUGCAUCGGGUCAUUCGAUGAAAGAGGAAUGUGCCCGCGGCCUCGCUUUUGAAACUUUUGACAUUGGACAGUACCUCAAAGAAUAUGCCAUAGAUUUUUUCAGUAAGCGCGGACUACAUGUCACAGUUCGUCUGAGCACACCAGAGUGGUACAUCAGAAGCAUGCCAGCCCUGGCCUCCGACAGGAUUUUCUGCAACAUCGUUGGCUCGUCGGCUGUACAUGCCGCCUUCGCCGGCUUGAUGCAUCUUGUGGUCGGAAGAGUCAGCCAGCGAUACGUUUACAUCCCCAUGUCAAUCAUCAACGAGAAGAACAAGCCGGUUGUGAAGGAGACAUCGAGAAUGUACAACCGAAUGAUCCGAGCUACCGGCCAGCCAUCCUUCCAGCGGCAAGGACAUGCGAAGCUCAUAACCGGCAGAGGAGAUGUGAGGAGAGCCUUCACGCCGGACCAGGCGCUCUCGGACCUCGCAAGAGAGGAGCAGAAAGAUUCGACCUUCCACGUGUGA